AUGGUCCCAGUAGCUGAAAAUAAGAAGAGACCAAUCACUCCACCACCCGAGAAUGAGCAGCCACAGAAAAAAAUCAGGCCUCAUCGAAAAAGAAACAAGACGAAAAAGUACAAGCACAAACGAAUUGAUCCUACAAGUCCAUUUGGUGUAUUAGAGUUUGAAAUAAAAGAAUUAUGUGAAGAGCACAAUUUGAAUCUUGAUGAGAUAUCGAAUGACAUGAAAGGUGUUCUUAAUAAGCCCGCUAUACAAGAGUCAUAUCAUAGACAAGUUGAAAAUGUUACAAUAUUGUGCUUCACAUCUAAUGGAGAAUCGCUUGCGUUAGUACCACAUAUCGACGAGUCGAAAAAGAAACAGGUUGUAGUGGUACCAUUUGGUAUCCCUGGUGAUGAGGUCACUAUUAAAAUAUUCAAAACACACCCCUUAUUUGCUGAAGCUGAUUUAUUAUCCAUACAAACCCCAUCUAAAUUGCGUGACAACUCUUUGAUAAAGUGUCGAUACUUUGGCAAAUGCUCAGGCUGUCAAUUUCAAGAUAUAUCCUAUGACGAGCAAUUGAAAAUCAAAAGAAUGACGAUUGUCAAUGCAUUUAAACACUUUGCUCCUAAAUUGACUGAAUUGAAAAAGUUGCCUGAUGUGCUUGAGACCCAAGGGUCUCCAUUGCAGUACAAUUAUAGAACUAAAUUGACACCCCAUUUCGAUAUAGCGACAAAGAAGACGGGUGCGGAUUUGGAACAUCGACCCAACUUUGGAUUUGGAGCAAAGGGGAGACCUACGUGGAGAAAAAGCGAUUUUGGUCCCACAGGGUCUAUAUUGGAUAUUGAGGAAUGUGAUAUCGGUACGCAAAUUGUAAAUAUGGGGUUGCGUAAUGAACGCAAGAGAUUGGAGACUACUUACAAGUCGUACGAAAAGGGAGCAACAAUAUUAUUACGUGAAGAUACAAAAGUGAAGGAUGAGGCGUUUAAGCUCGGAGAAGCAUCAAGAGACGAAAAUGAUCAAGUUUCGAGUAUAACUAUAGAAGAAGAAGAUCAUCAAACUGUGGUGAAAACGUGUGUUACUGAAUCACGUCAAGUUGUUCAAGAAAUUAUCAAUGAAUUCAAAUUUGAGUUUUCAGCUGGUGAGUUUUUCCAAAAUAACAAUUCAAUAUUGCCGUUAGUUACCAACUAUGUCAAGUCCAACUUGCUACAAUCAAAACCUAGCUACCUCGUCGACGCAUAUUGUGGAUCUGGUCUAUUUUCCAUCACAUGCUCCGAGAAUGUAUCGAAAGUAAUUGGUGUUGAAGUCAGUGCAGAUUCAGUCAAGUUUGCUCGCCAUAAUGCCGAACUCAACAAUACGGAAAAUGCUCAGUUUAUUGUCGGCAAAGCCGAGGAGAUUUUCAAAGAUAUUGAUACGCCUGCUGACCAAACAUCGGUGAUUUUAGAUCCACCCAGGAAAGGAUGUGAUGAUGUAUUUUUGAACCAAUUGAGUGCUUACAACCCAGCAAAGAUUGUUUACAUCUCAUGCAAUGUCCACUCGCAAGCCCGAGAUGUUGAGUGGUUUUUGAAUCAUACUGAAAAUGGAUCGAAAUACCAGGUUGAGAGCAUUAAAGGGUUUGACUUUUUCCCCCAAACUCACCAUGUUGAAUCGGUUGCUGUGUUGUCUUUGAGAUAG